CAUGUUCACACGAUCGCGCACCAGGAAAGAAGAAAGAAGAAGAAGAAGAGGAGAGUGGAGGAAGGAAAUUAAGGAGGGAAAGAUCUUGCCGUGCUCCGGUGGUGAGAGGAAGAAGGACCCGCAGGGCGGCGGAAAACGGGGAAAAGCAAUCGGAGGAACGCAUGGGGAUCGUGGAGGAGGCGCACAACCUGAGGAUACUGGGCUCCGGCCACCGGACGAUCGUUCUGGCCCACGGGUUCGGGACGGACCAGUCGGUGUGGAAGCACCUUGUGCCGCACCUGGUGGAGGAGUACCGGGUGGUGCUCUUCGACAACAUCGGCGCCGGCUCCACCAACCCCGACUACUUCGACUUUGACCGCUACUCCACCCUGGAGGGCUACGCCUACGACCUGCUCGCCAUCCUUGAGGAGCUCCAGAUCCCCUCCUGCAUCUUCGUCGGCCACUCCGUCUCCGCCGUCAUCGGCGCCAUCGCCUCCAUCCUCCGCCCCGAUCUCUUCUCCAAGCUCCUCUUCAUCUCCGCCUCCCCCAGGUACCUGAAUGAUGUGGACUACUAUGGUGGUUUUGAGCAGGAGGAGCUGGACCAGUUGUUCAAUGCAAUGCAUGCCAACUUCAAGGCGUGGGUCUCUGGGUUCGCGCCACUCGCCGUCGGCGGCGACAUGGACUCCGUCGCUGUCCAGGAGUUCAGCCGAACUCUCUUCAACAUACGGCCUGAUAUUGCCCUCAGCGUUGCCCGCACCAUCUUCCAGAGCGACGUCCGCCCGAUCCUUUCCCGCGUCACCGUGCCCUGCCACAUUAUUCAGAGCACCAAGGACCUCGCCGUCCCCGUCGCGGUCUCCGAGUACCUUCACACCCACCUCGGCGGCGACUCCAUUGUCGAGGUCAUGCCAUCCGACGGCCAUCUUCCCCAGCUUAGCUGCCCCGAGAUCGUCAUCCCCGUCCUCCUCCGCCACAUCCACCAUGAUAUCGCCACCUAAUUAACCACUAGUGCUGCCACUCUUGUUACUGCUAGACCCCCAACCAAGGAAAGAUUUGGGGCUCGAUCGCUUCUCCCAUCCAAAGGCAAAUCCUGCAGUAGUUGCAUCCAGUUCACUGGCUCCGCUGUAAUGACCACCGUAAUUACAACCACCAGUGUCAUCAGAACCUCUCUCUGUCUCUCUUUUCCAGGAAGCGAAUUUUCUUGGGCUUUGUAAGAACUAUUAAAACUAUUGAUUGGAAAUGUAAUAGCGUAAUAACUUUA